AUGCUGAUUGUGGAGGAGCAACAGCGAAUUAAUUUAGCAUCCCUCGGACUGGACGAUAAUCUGGAGAUUCAAUGGGGUUACCUGUCGCUGGCCGUGGUACCAGUGAUUUGUGUGCUUGGUAAUUGCAUGGUCAUUGCAGCUGUGUGGCGUACAAAGGUCCUCCAGACGCCAACAAACUACUUGCUGGUGAGCCUGGCAGUGGCCGACCUUGUCAUCGGCCUUUUUGCCAUGCCUUUCAGCAUCUACCUCUCCGUAAGUCUCCUCAUUCUAUUUGACUAG